CUUAUUAUUUAUCUUUCAUCCGACAGCAGCGCCUCUUACUUUAGUGAGCACAAACUCGUUCCAUCAGGCAAGACUUUUUAUUGUAACGGCUCAAAAUCUCAAAAGCUCAGUCAGUCAUUCAUUUUAAAUCUCUCGAAAGACCGAGUCAUAAGUCGUAAAGUAAAGUGUUCCACUGUUGGUGAGCGUAUUCCGUUUUGCGAUAAGGGUUUUGCCGUAUUUGAUCCGAGCUCUACUUGCGUAAAAGGUGAUUUUUCGAUCAUGGCAGACAACGAGAAAGCUACUAAGUAUGAAGAAGUCUGGAGUCGGGUGAAAACUUAUAUUCCAUUUCUGCAAGAGCUCAUCAAUUUUCAUAAAAAUGAAAUAACAGGACGUCCCCAAACUCUUGAAAAAAUCACAACUAUAUAUGAUUUGCUCAAAAAUCAACGGCUUAAUUACACUUCUUUAUGCAAAUGCGAAGGUGUAUUAAUUAAGUUGUAUGAAACGAAUCUUAUGAAAAAAAAGAAAAGAAUUGUUAUCACCCCGCCGGUAGCUAAACAAUCAGAAGUUGAAACACCUGCUUCUCCGAAAGAUCAAGCAGAUCCAUCUAAACUUCCUGAAAAAGAAAUAUUAUGCAAGCGAGAUCCAACAAGAACGUCUUUUGAAGUGGGCGAAUGGUCAAACAGUAUUGAAGAUAGGAGAGGUCAGCCAACGUUGGAUGAAAUACAGCGAUUGGAUACCAUAAAGCCUAAAUCAGAUGAAUCUUUGUCGGAUGCAGAUAGUAACCCUUUAGAUGAAAUGAAAAUUACUUCCAAAUCCGCUCAAACGCUAACCAACAAAAAUGGAAAUGAUUCGCCCGUUAAGCACUUGCAAGCUUCUUCAGCCUCGUCAAACAAUGAUGCAUUAAAUAAGGAACAAAAUGUUACAUUCUCAACACAACCUUAUGGUGAAGGGCAUUGGAAUACGGAUCAAGAUUCUAGUUUACCCCAUGUAGUGAACAAGGCCUUUCUUCAAAACACUGAAAGUGAAUCACAACAGAAGCCUCCACCUCCUCAUAGUGGACGAUGUUACGAUGAUUUGAUAUUGACCGACGAUCGUAUGGACAUUUCUCCUGAUAUACGUUCGCCACCAAUUCAAAUUCCUCACAUAAAAGAUCCUCGUCUACGCAAAGCUGCUUCUAACGUUGAAAGAGUUCAAUUUCUUAUGAAUCAAAAAAUACCGGAGAAGUAUAAUCAAGCCGUUCCGCAAGCUAAAGUAAAUGAUCCACGAUUAAAUCGCCUAACAAUUCCUCCAUAUGGCGGAUCAAUACCUAACGGAUUACCAAGAUGCUUGGCUCCUAAUCCAUACCUACCACUGGAUAUCCCCAAAAGAGAGCCUCCCAAGCGUCGUCGGAGCAUAUGUGUAAAUCAGGUUAUCAUCCAAGAAAUUCCACCUGAACCACAUCUUCCCGUCAAACCGUUCCCAUCGAGACGCCAGAGUGUUUUUGAAUUCAGUAAUCCAUAUGAUAAAUCGCCUAUGUUCCAAAACAAACCAUUUUUUGCAUCCCAAUAUUCGUUCAAAGCACCAACCAUUUCAUCAAUACCGAAGGUUCAUCCUCAGUCCACAGAACAACCUUCCGUUGUUGAGCGAGAUUCUAGAAAGAAAAAAUUACCACCACGAAUAGAACACAUGCAACAAUCGUGCAAUACACUGCCAUACGAAAAACCAGUGACAGGUUUCAGUAAACCUCCCUUAACGUACCUCGAACAUCGUUUGCUGAAAGAGAAACAGCUACAGAAUGUAAAACAAGAACCUAGUGUUGUAGAAAAAUCGGAAGAGCCUGAUAUUAUGCUAGGUAUGGUUCCUAACAAAACCCGAGUAGCUGCUAGGGCAUAUGCUAAACCAGUAAAAUCUGUUUUAAACAAAGAACGUCAAUCCGCCUCGUCACCAAAACCUAAAAUCACAACUCCAGAAUCAAAAUCAGUGUAUAAGCAACCGCACAAUAAAAGAACAGACAUGAAACUUAUCUGUGCUGACAAACAAGAUCAACAUGCUUCAUCGUUGAAACAAAAGGAUCUCUUCGGUGAACAACUUUCGCAAUUUGAUAAAAUAUGUCGUAUUGGUGAUAUUUCGAAGAAAUCAAUUGGUGGAACGAUUGGAAGUUUUAAAAUACCAAAACUGAAUCGUGCAGAAGAGACGUCGAUAGAAGAGAAGUCUAAGAAAUCAAAGUACUGCACAUCUUCCAAAGACAUUUCGCAUUCCAGUCGUAGUAAUUCCAAAACUGCAUUCCUAGAAGAGGCUAGUGAAUAUCGUACUCCCACUCAUCAUAAAAAUGGCAAACCAGAGCAAAACAGAAAAAGAAGAUGUUCUGUUGCUGUUUCUCAAGAAUUUGAAGAAUCAUUGGAAAGAGAAAAUCGGCCGCAAAAGCUUAUAAAACGCAACAGAAUCAUUUGGAACGAUCAGGUUGUUCGUUCGGCAUCAACGAAAGACAAUACAAAUUGUGAUAAAUUAUUAAAAAACUUCGAAAAAGAAAGAGGUAAAAUUCCAAUAGCAAAAUUGGUACAAAGUACAACUGUUGCUAAAAUGAAUACCGAGGACAAUGUCGUUUCUAGUACCACAAAUGAAUCCAAGGUAUCUACACAAAAGCGUGGGUGCAAGGACAAGAAAAGUGUUCCAACUCCGAGGGAAAAUUAUACCACUGAUGAUGCUUUGGCUGUUAAGCGACGCUAUAAUUCCGAAAAUAGUGCCAAAACUAUUUUGCUAAAAGAUUCCGGAAUAAAAACUGAUGAUGUUCAACAUAACAAAAAAGCUAAUGAUUCUACUCCUGGCACUCAGAAAAAAGCUCAACUGCUGGCCAUGUUGAGCAAAAUCCUUGACAAAAAGAAGGUAAAGAAAAUACAAGACAUCAUUGAAAGCCCUAGUGAUAAAUCGAUAACAAGUGACCAGGAAAUCGAAAAAGAACAAGAGACUAGGGUUAGCAGAGAACGUAUAUCAUCGAUGUGUAUCAGUUCGACGGCAGAGUCUAUACCAAAGGAUAAGUCAAGCGGAAGAGCACGAAAAUCAGAAUUAGAUAAACUCAAUGCAGAUAUCAAUGAAAUGUAUAUGCGAGAUGACGUGCUAAAAGCGACUGGAAGAAGACGUUGUGCACAAAAAUCAGAAGAGUUGACAUUGACAUUAGCCAGACGAGACUUGAAGUCACCCGGGCCAGCAAAAACACACGUGAAAAUGUGUAAAAAAACAAAUAUAGCUCCAAAAAUAAAGAAUUUAAAAGUUUUUGUGAAGAAAAUAAAUAUUUCGAAACUUCAGCCUAUUAACCGCAAAAGGAAAAUAAGUGAAGAAACCAAGAAUGAUGUAUCGACAUUUCCAAUUGGCGAAGCAUCUUUUUCUCCAAAGUCAAAAAAAACACGGUCCGGUUCAUGCACAUCUGUUAACGAUAGAAACUACAUUACUCAAACAGUGGAUUCUCAACUUGAAAUAUUUAUUACCAAAAAAACAACGAAGAAUAUAGAUCGUGAGCUUCACUGCAGAAAUCCGAAAACUAGAGAAUGUACACUGUGUUCAUACAGUGCACUAAGUUUAGACACGAUUGUGCAACAUUACGUUCGUGCUCAUCCAUUGCAUGAAGUCUUCACCAGUCGAUUUACUAACACCAUAGCAAACCAAAUAAAAAAAGAUCCAAUGAAAAUAACCGGAAACCUAAAUGAUAAGAAAAUUUUGACCAAGUGUCUUUUUUGUCAAGAGACAUUUACAAAAAAGCGGUACGAUUGGAAACUUCAUUUAGCGAGUCAUACAGGAGAAUAUCGAUACAAAUGCAUCAAUUGUACUAACAAAACAUUAGCUCCAAGCACGUAUGGUCAUGAUAAAGAUUGUGCAAAACCUGCUUUAGAAAUCGCAAACGAGUUUCCAUUUCUUGAAAAUCAUUUGUUGGGAUACAUGUGUAAGUUAUGUAACUAUGUACAACUUUCUCGUGAUCGGAUUGAUCAUCAUUUGAAGGAACAACAUGGAAGGCUGAAGACCGGGAAAGGCAUACUAAAGUUUAGCAUCCUGAAUUACUAUUUAUCUCGAACUGUGAAAAAAGAUAUUGAAUCCGAUGUGUCAAUGCCAGAACUGACUCCACAAACAUCUGAAAAACCAAUCAAUGUAUCAGACUUUAUUGCCACGGAUAGCAGAUUAGAAUGUGGAACUCUAACUGUUUUGAGUAACAGUAGUUUUGUUUCAACCUCAGAACCUUCGAUUCUAGAUAAUCUCCAAAACGGUCCUGACAAAACAGCACAGGCAAGUUUAGAAAAGAAAGAUGUCAGUUGCCCAAACUUAGCACCAUAUCAUAGCACAGUUUUCUUCCCUAACGAAGACGAGGAGUGGGAAGAUAUAGAAUCUCCACAGAAACAGCCGUCAAAUGCAUCACCCAAAUCAAUUGAGAAGGUUGAACAAUGUUUAAGGGAAAAUAGCUUUGAUAUUUGCAUGCCGAUUCCAUUAGCAGUGAAAAAAGAAGAGACAGAUGUUUUCGAAGGCAAGCAAGUUGUAUCAAAUAUUGGCUUCAACAGAACAGCAGAUGUGAUUUGGUACUUGUGUUUGAUUCUCGAUUGCAAGUACUCUACAAGAAAUAGAAUCGAAAUAUAUGAGCAUGUCGACCAGGAACAUCAGCUUAAUACUUGGGAUGGUUUUUGUUAUUUAUGUACUGCACAAAUAACAGAUGAUGUGUCUAAUGAGCUUACAAAAGAAAUCAAUCAUAUGGCGGAUGUACAUAUCGAAGAUCGUUCAGCUGUAAAUGAGUUCCAUGGUUUAUUAAAUAAUGUCACGCGUGAAAACCCUUUGGAUGCAGCAAGAAAUGAAAAGCCGAUUUCCAGUGGAAAUUUAUCCUUCGGAUUAAUUCCGAGCAAUGCAUAUGACGUUCCUAUUCAUCUUAAACCUUGGACCACUAACAAAACAUUCAAAUCUAGAGAACAUUGUUGCAAUAUGUUGGAUGAAAAAAGUCUGUAUUGUUUCUUCAAAUGCAUGGGCACUAGAUGCAGUUUCACCACCACUCUGCAAUUCUUGAUGGAAGAGCACAUGAAAAAUCACGAAGUGGCUGAUAAUAUUCAACCAGAUAAAACAUCAAAAAGUUGGCUAGAGUGUUCUUACUGUGAGUUCGUUGCCACAGAUAGUGGCCUCAAUUUGGUCGACCAUCUUAGACAUUCUCAUGCCCAAAGUUCGUAUCAGUGCAGAUAUUGUUUUUAUCGCAGUAGAAAUUCGUACAAUGUAGUAUUGCAUCAACAGUUGUACCAUUCUGGAAAGAAAAUUGAAAUACUCCUCAUUGGAUCGAAAGAACAAGCAUUUACGGCUUCAGACCAUCACAUUCUUAAUAGGCGUCGUAUGGAAAAUAUUCUACCGCUCAUUUGUACAGUUUGUGAAGAAGAAUUCUUCGUGCUGGAUGCCUAUAUGACACACUUGAAAAUUGAACAUCGUGAAUUAACAUGCGUUGCUUGCCAGUGCUGCCGAAAGCCAAUACAAAUUCAAAAAAUGCCAAGACACCUCUUACUCCAUAAUAUCGGCAUUUAUGAAUGUCUCUAUUGUCAGUUUGGCAGUAAUACUUUUGAGUCAUUGAAGAUUCACGUUUGCAACAAGCAUCCAAUGGAACCUUUUUAUUGUUGUAUCAGGUUCAACAAAGGUCCUGAAAAGAAAAAACAUGCCAUUCUUAAAUCGCUCUCCGAAAAAUGUAUCGAAGGAAAUUUUAUAAAGCGAUGUACAUUUACCUCAAAUGAACUCAAUUACAAAUCACCAGAUAUCAAGUCUAAUCCCAAUGUUAGAUCGAAAACAACUAUGAUUCCUGUAGGGUUGUCAAAUUGUGAUGGUGAUACAAAUAUUGUGCAGGAUAUAAAUUCUAUCAAUAGUUCACAUAACAUUACACACCCUGUCAGGCACAAUUCUGAAGCGGCUGAUAUUAUUCAAGUACCAACUAUAUCAAACAUAAUUGAAUGUUCUGAAUUGAUGCAGUUCAACUCCAAUCCCUUAAUUGCACCAGGACAAGACAUUUAUCGAAAGGCGAUCGCGACGCCUAGCUCUAAUGUUCCGGUCAUAAAGCUAACGAGCGACGUAAUACAUGCUCAAUCUAGCUCGGUUCUGUCCAUCAUUGGCACGGCAAGAAGCGGAAUAAGUGAUUCGAUCACAAUUCCACCCAUAUCUCCCUUGGUAAGACCUCAAACAAUCGUAAGUUCUACUCAGAGCUUUCCCAUAAUAACAAACGUCUGCAGCUUACCACCUUCGACUUCCAAGCAUGUACAAUGUGUCUCCGAAAAUGAAGCAUUGAUACAAGAAGCAGAACGCAUUGCAAUGGAAAUGAUCAAAGAUACAGGUUUACCGCGUAACGUUAUAUACAAGUGUGUUUUUAAAGAUUGUGAUGCAGUGCUUUCCGAUAGCUACGGAAUGCAAAACCAUCUUAUGUUUACGCACGUGUUAUCAACUCAGUAUAAUUGUGUUCAUUGUAAGACAAAAACGUCCUUUCCUAGUGUUCUUACAUUUAUGCAGCAUUUGAAGACUCACGAGCCGCAACGGAUUUUUUGUUUUGUAUGUGACUAUAAAGGAUCAUUCCCACCCGAUGUUAUCAUGCAUGUCAAAGAAGUGCACAAAACAAACAAACCUACUAUUCUAUUUCUAAACCCGAAGAAAAAUGACCCGAAUAGUGACAUCAUCGUAUUUGCGCCUGGCCAACCGACCGAAGCUGAACGAAAAGCAUAUUAUCAAAAGUUGAUCGAUCUGUACAAUCACAAGCUACCAGAAGCUCUUCUUAUCCAGCAAAAGACACAGUUUUCACCAGAAGAGUGCGAGAUGCUACCCAAGCAAGCUAUUUUCAGCAAGUUGGUUUACUGCAACAAGUGUCACUACGGAACGAAAGUUCGUUUGAACAUGUACCGACAUUUGAAAGGGCAUUUGAAUGAUAUUCCCGUAGCAAAUGUUGAUCCUAAAAAUCCCGUAUUUUGUUGGGAGCAUUUUGAUCACAUGAAAGAUUCUGCAACUAGCCCACAGAAAAAUGAUACACUUAAUUCAUCGCUAUGUUUUGUUCAUGAAAACCAACGUUACCUAUGUGGCGUUUGUCGCUUCUUGGCUUUUGACGAAUGCUUGUUCCAGAGUCAUCUUAACACUUGGCACCGUACUACCGUUAAAUAUAAAUGCCCACAUUGCCCGGUUAUUCAUGUUUUCUCGUCUGGCAAGUUUGAUGCAUCGAAAAUCGGGGAUCACCUGAAGCUACACGGCAGACAACUAUAUCGUUGUAGUAUAUGCAAUAUUUUUUUGGACAACAAAAACAAUAUGAAACACCAUGUUCACACAAAUCACAGUCACAUGAGUGAGGCGUCCAUUUGUGUUGUUCGUAAUCUCAGCGAAGAAAAUAUGGAAUUCAAAUGGAAAUGCGAUAUCUGCGAAUUUCAAUGCGUUUCGAUUCACGAUAUAAAAACCCACAUGAUAAAUGUGCACAAACUGAUGACGAGAUACCGAUGCGCAAAAUGCUUUUUUGGAGCCUCCAACAAAGAUCUGUUCUUCAGUCAUUUCGAAGAAAAACAUCCUGGAAGUGAGAUAGGUAUAGUUCCAUUGUAUAAAGCAAUCAACGGUAAUAACAGCAGAAUUGAUACAACUCUAGUUUCGCGGCCAGAAACUGUUCGAGCUAAAAGUGUUCGAUGCGUAGAAAUCGAAGAAGGCAAUGACACAAAUGUUGGGAUUAAAUCAGUUAUAAUGAGUGAGAUAGGAGACUCCCAAAAACCUGGUCCCAGCAGGCAUCCACUCAGCACACCAACAGUUGCUUUGCCGAAACCUGUUCAAUCUCGUUUUGAUUAUUUUUUUAAAUAUGCGUGCUUCUACUGUACUUUAAAAACUGAUACCAUCAGUGAGUUGAAAGAACACUGGAGAACAACCCAUACCGUUAGCAAUUUGCCUAGCCCGGAAAAACCAUUCCUAUUUAAAACCUCAAAAAUUAUUCUUUGUUUUUACUGUCGAAUAAGAGCUGUUAUGCCUCAAAUGAAAACCCAUGUUGCACAAUGUCAUCCUAAUAUGCAACCAAUUUAUCUGGACUUUCGUAAUCCCAACCAAUGUGCAGAGUGCGAUUAUUGCACGAAUCAAAAGCAGGAGAUGAUACUACAUUACUCUGAACACCAUCAACAUGAGAGUGAAUACGCCAAAGGAUGGAUCAGUUAUCUCAACGAUAAUAUACUUAAUAAGAUUUUAGAAUUCGAGUCCACUAUAUUCCGCUGCGCAGAAUAUACAUGUGACUUCACGACCGACAGUAGUUCAGAUUUUGUUCCUCAUUAUACCAUCUUUCACUCUGGCCAACAUUUGAAAUUCAACAAGGAAACAAAGAGCAACAAAGAAAUAAAGUUCCACUGCUCGUUCAACAAUUGUAAGACCAGUUUCACUGAAGCGCGAAACGUAGCAAAUCACUUAAUGAUCCAUGUUCCGAUGUUCAAGUGCUGUUGUGAUCCAUCAUGUAAUAUCAGUUGCAGAUCAUUUGCAAUGCUAGUUCAGCACUACAGAGCGAAUCACUCGAACCAGGACCUUAAAUACGCAUUGAAAACUCCAAAUGAAUACCAUACAGUGCUACGGAUGAUUUCCAUCCAAUUUUGGAAUGGAUUCGUUAUGACGCUAGAGGACGCUCUUCUAGCCAACAAUCGCUUCGGUGUAAACAGUGAAAUCUCAAAAUACGUUAAUGAUAUUUGCUAUGAAUCUGUAGCAGAGACAAAUUUGUACUAAAGAGGUUGUUCAUAUUAGAAGCAUCAAUUGAGAAUUGGUGACAUAAAAGCCAUACGUAUCUGGUUUAGCUAAAAAAUACAUACCCAUCCACUCUUAUUGAAUUUUUAAUACAUAAUUUGUCUUCAGUUAGUUUUAACAAUACCAGAACCAUCAGAUAUAGCGCUUUAUUGUCAAAAGAUAGAAAAAAAGAGGAAAUGAACUAAAAAUUUCGAGAGCUAUAGAUUGAUUAUAUACCUAUGUUUCACAUUUCAAGAGAAUCUGUUAGUUUUAAGAUUAGGUCGAAUACGUCAUCUUUAGUUCAAUUAUAUAGUAAUUUGCUUAUACUUUGUUAAGCUAGGUUUCUAGUGACAAUGGUGUCGAUAAUUGAAUUCUAUUGAAAUGUGGAUACUAUGAUGCGAAAUUUAGGCCGGAACAAAUAUCAAAUUCUUAUGCCUGCAAAUGUAAGUUGAUAAGUUUGAUAUCAAAAAGCAUCAAAUACAAUAAAAUUUAAAAGUAAAUUUUAAA